AUGACAUCAGUCCAACCCAAACCCACAUCAAUCUCCUCCGCGGAGGUUGAUGUUGACUACGAGAAAGCUUCUCCAGUUUCAGAAGCAUUCAAGGGCGCAGACGCUUCCGACGCCGGGUCGAACAUCGGCCUAGAACUGUACCACGCGACUGCUAUACAAGGUCUAGAAUAUACCAAAGAAGAAGAGCGCAAAGUCGUCCGCAAGAUUGAUUUCUACGUCCUCUCGAUACUGAGUGUGACCUUCUGCCUGCAAUACCUCGAUAAAACCGCGCUCAACUAUGCCAACCUUUUCGGGAUGCAAACAUCACUCAACCUCACUUCGGACCAGUUCAGCUGGCUUGGAUCCAUCUUCUACUUUGCCUACUUGGUGGGCUCGAACCCUUCUUCCAUGCUCCUGCAGCGAUUUCACAUGGGCCGCAUCCUCGGUGUCGCUGCCAUCAUCUGGGGAGUAAUCAUCAUGACCACGGCCGCCACGGACAAUUUUGGCGGAGCAAUGGCCAACCGUUUUUUCCUCGGGCUGGUCGAGUCGAUCGUCACGCCUGGUCUCGUGCUCCAGACAGGCAUGUGGUACCGUCUUGAGGAACAGCCAGGAAGACAACUUUGGUGGUACUCUUUCCAAGGCUGGGCGGCCGUCAUCGGUGGUUUACUUGGGUAUGGCGUCGGUCAUAUCAAUGGUGCAUUGUCCGAGUGGACAUACAUCUUCCUCAUUCUGGGUGGAGUGACAAUCCUUUGGGGAGGACUGGUGUUCUUCUGCUUACCAGAUACACUCGUCAAGACAAGGUUCUUCACGGAGAGGGAGAAAGCGAUCGCGUUGGAUCGGGUAGCGAAGAAUAAAUCUGGCCUGAAGAACAAGACCUUCAAGUGGUACCAGGUUGAGCAUGCUCUCAAAGAUCCCAAGACCUACCUGCUUUUCUUCAUGUCAAUCGCCGCCCAGAUUCCAAAUGGGACGAUCACUAAUUUCUCUACCGUUAUCACCAAGGGUAUCGGCAAUUUCACAACCUUGCAGACUACCCUGCUCGGUAUUCCACCGAAUGUGAUCCAAGUUGCUGCCCUACUCAUCUCCGGUUAUUUGGCGAGCAAGAUCCCCAACACACGAGUUCUGAUCAUGACAGCUGGAAACAUCGCCUGCGUCGUUGCUGCCGCAUGUAUGGCCUACCUGCCAGUAGAGGAUCGCUGGCCGCGCCUCGUCGCCUUUUGGAUUACGCCAAGCCAGAGUAUCGGCUUCUCUCUCUCGCUGGUCAUGGUUUCUGCCAAUACGGGCGGGUUCACAAAGAAGUCCUUCACCGCGGCGACUACGUUUGUUGGAUAUUGCAUCGGGAACAUCAUCGGCCCACACUUCUAUAAGCCCGAGGAAUCUCCUAUCUUCCGGACUGCCAUCAUCUCCAUGCUUGCCGGAUACUGCAUCAAGACCGCCCUCGGUAUUGUCCUCGGCCUGUACAUGUGGAACGAGAACAGGAGGCGAGACAGGCUCCUCGCUGAGACAGGCGGGCAGAGUGAGAAGGAAUCGGAAGAAGAUGGAAUGCUCGAUCGCACCGAGUUUGAAAACCCUGGGUUUAGGUACUCACUUUAA